UUGAAAGGGAGAAAUCCACUUCUGCUUCAGGAUGUAGUCCUUAUGCCAUGCAAUACCCCAGAGUCUGAGCACUGGACUCUUCUAUCAGUUCUGCCAAAGGAGAAAUCUGUUGUUGUCUUAGACAGUAUGCCAAGUAACCACAUUAAACAUACAAGUCUUGAUGCUAUUUCUAAGAUGUGUGGCCUUCUCAAAGAGAUCAACAGCAAUGUAGACCUGAAUCAGUGCAAGCUUAUAGUGAACAAAAAAGGAGAUGUUCCUGAACAGACCAAUGACUAUGACUGUGUAAUGUUCACUUGCUUGUAUGCAAGAUGCUUGCAGGGUUGGUUAUGGUGA